AUGUUUGCUUUCCGCAGGCAACUGCAUGCCCGUAAUGUUCCGAGGCUUAUUUUGGGCCAAACAGGUCGUUUGGCUGUAAGAUCGUUUGGAUACAGUCCCAGGGUGGCUUUCCACCAAACAACGAUGCACAACUCACAACAACAGACAGAAAAAGCUUCCACUACUUCUUCCAGCGAUGGCAUUCUUACAGACUCAGAAGUGGAUUCGUGGCUAGAGGCUAUCGAAUCGCUCAGGUCGGAAUUCACUGAACAACAGUUUAUGCCAGAAACGUCACUAGCGGGUCCCGGACAAACAAAAAUCAACCUUUUGGAAGAAGCACUUAACGCCAAAAAGACGUUUGAGCCCACUGACGAACAAGUGGCAGAGUGGGAAAGUUUAAAAAGAGUGCCACUCCCCCCACGCAAAGACGAAACGAUCCAGCACGUAAUCAACAUGAUCAUGCGUCACGGCAAGAAACAGCGUGCUGAAAGAACACUUUCUAGGGCUCUUUAUCUUGUGUUCUGCUCCACACGUCAAGAUCCCGUGCCGCUUCUCAAAAAGGCCAUGGACGAUCUUGCGCCGUUGAUGGUGGUCAAGACUUUCAAGACUGGUGUUGCCAAAGCCGCCGUGAUUCCCGUGCCGCUCAACAGCAGACAGAGAAACAGGAUUGCAUGGAAAUGGAUCUCAGAGGGCGCUGACAAGCGGGUUUCGAGCGAACUGGCCGUCAGACUUGGGGAAGAGCUGAUAUCCGUGUACAAGGGCAACAGUUCUGGUUUCGACAAGCGGGACCAAAUGCAUAAGACCGCAAUCGCACACAGAGCAUACAUCAGACUGAAAUAG